ACAAAAUAAAAUAAUUAAAAAAAUAUGCGUGCUUUUAUUUUGAAGUUUGGGGAAACUGAAACAGAGCGAGGAGAUUUAAAAGGUAAAGCAGUGGACGUAAACACACUCAGAGCAGCAACGGUCAGGAGGACAGAGAAACGAGACUUGACUGAGUUUCCAGUAACCGACACAAUGACAACGCGACUAUGGUUUUUCAUUUAUCUACAGUGUUUCCUUACUGGCAGUUUAGUUGACUCUUCUACUCUGCCUGCUGGUGCUCGUCCUCAAUACAUCUUUGCGAUGGUGGGUAAUGAGGCAAAGCUUCCCUGCAGCUGGAAGUCACAUCAGGAUGCAGCAACUCCUUCCCCCUGCCACAUCCAGUGGGUGUCACCACCGCACACCGUGUUUGAACAGGAUGGUGAAGACAAGUGGCAGGCAGAGGAGUUCGAAGGCCGACUGGAGGUGCCUCAGGAGAAGCUCGGGUUGGGGGAUUGUUCUCUGAUCAUUAAAGACGUUCAGAUUGUGGACACUGGAAAAUACGAGAGCUUCAUGAUCGUAGAGGGAGCAAGGUCCAAAAUGACUCGGGUCUUCAUCCAGAGCGUUAAGCUCCGUGUGAAUGAUCACAAAACUGAACAUUCCCAUCGUCCUGGAGAAGACUUUGUUCUGACGCUCUACACCCCCCGCUCAUCAACAGUGGUCUUCCAGGGCAGGAACAGCUCUGAGUGGUUGGACCUGUGGACGAGGGGUGGGAAAAGCAUUGAGCGUAUGGAGAAAGAUCCACACCACGAGCAGUUAACGUUAAAAAACGUGAAAAUCUCAGAUGAAGGAACGUACAAAGUUCUGGAUGACAACGGCCUCUCUGUCAGCACCAUGCAGCUCUCAAUAGAAGAAAACCCCCCGAUGUUCAGAGCUCGUCUAAACCUGCAAAAUGCACCAUCAGAUGCUGCAGAUAGAAGCAGCUGCUCAGCUCUGCUCAUCUUUUCUAUUCUUGCAACAAGUUUCCAAAUAUUUCAUCAUCACUGAGGCUGCUCUACAGCGUAACAGUGGUACACUCACUUUAUCAAUGCAUGCAUUUAGGAGAGUUUGUGUGUGGUUCUAGUAAGUGUGCAUGUAGAAGCAGAGACAUUUGUGAAUUUGUUCUGUUGUCAUAAAAAAUAUUUUACUAUUACAUCUACAAUUCACAGUUCAACAGCUAUGUUCCAUUCUGAUUUGGAGUCAGGAGACUUUUAAGUUGCCGCUGAAGCAGCAGCAGAAAUUUCAUAUGAAAAUUUGUUGUGAUUAAGGCCUAGUCCACACGUAGCCGGGGUUUUUUGAAAACGAAUAUCCGCCCCUCCAAAAACUUGCAUCCACACCACCGCGUUUUAAAAACAAACUCUGUCCACACGUACCCGGAUAAAUACGUUGUUAAGGACAUGCCAGACCUGUAGGCGGCAGUACUUCCCCCGUUCUUAACCUCGUCCUUCGUCUGUGGUCUUCCACAAGGAGCAGUAAUUCCGCUUGCAAAAAUAAACAAGCAAAAAGCGCUUGGACAAUUGAUGGAUCGGGUAGUGACAGAGCGCAGCUCUGAAGGCUUCCGUGAUGCUGGCUAGUGUAAACACAGGUCGGACACGUGAUGUCGGCAUUUUUUUGUCGUGGAAAGUGACGUUGCGGACCUUAAAACUCCGGUUUUGUCUGUCCACACGCAGACACCCAAAACGGAGAAAACGCAGAUCUUCACUUUGGCCGGAGUUUUUAAAAAGAUCCGUUUUUGUGUGAAAAAACUCAGUUUUCGUGUGGAUGACAGGCCAUAACGUAGAAAAAUAUCUACGUUUUGGCAGAUCCCCGGCUACGUGUGGACAGGGCCUCAAUGGCUCCUGAGCGCGGCCGCGUCUGCUCACCGCUCCCCCAGGGGAUGGGUCAAAUGCGGAGAACAAAUGUUGCACACACGUCCGUGUUAAUCAGAAAAUGAUGAAAACUUUUUUCUUCAGGACAAACUUAUCAAAGUCUUAAUUAUUUUACUCAUUUCAUUUUCUCCUUAAAAUUUCCAGAUUUAUUUUUAAGCACCGUACUACAGAAGAGGAUUAGGGCCACUGAAGAAAAAAAAAUAGAAAGAGAAUUCUGACAUUAAUCUCAGAAUUCUGACUUUUUCAUCAGAAUUCUCACUUUUUUUAAGAAUUCUGACUUUAAUAAUCCUGAGCAAAAAAGUCAGAAUUCUAAGAUUAAAGUAAGAAUUCUAAGAAAAGUGUCAAAAUUCUGAGAUUACAGUCAGAAUUUGAUUACAUGACGAGACAGACAAGUGACAUAAGGUGCACACUACCGCGCUGCAGAACUAAUCAAAGGCAAAGAGCGGUUUAUUACAGAGCCAUGGUUGCAUGGAAUGCCAUACAUAGAUUUUUGUUAUUAGAGAAUAACAGACAUGGGCGGCACCAGGCGGUAGCUAGGGGUUGCUAAACAACCCCAAGAUUGGGCUAAGCAACUGCUCAGCAACCCCAAAUCUUGAACGCACCCCCACCACCACCACCCCACACCUCGCGUGCGCACCGUGCCAACAUGCGCUGGCCUGGAGAGUAGCAUGACCAAGCUCUGUCUCGCAUUUAAGACAGUCUCCCGUUUCGUGUUGAAAUCUUCCAUAAACUGCGAGGAGAAAGCCGGAGCUGGCAUCAAACCAGGAGGCCGUACACGUCAACUUUUCACUCUGUCAGGAGGGGUGGAGUGAGGGGGUUGGUUCUUGUAUUCAUGAUAAUGUCCGGUUUUUCAUCCAGAAGCAGGGAUCAAAUUCUGAUAGAACACCGGGAAAAAUGGGUCCCAAUGUGGUUUGUGUGCAUUGUCAUGUAACAGUGAUAAUGAAAGGCAGGAUAAAAAUGUUCACCUUUUUCUGUACUUCAUUUUGUUGCCCUGGAAUUUCAUGUUGUAGCAUUCCAUGUUGAAUGAAUACGUAUAUAAGUCUCUAGAAACCCAUUUUUCUCAACAACAAAAAACAGCUAAAAUAUAUUCAGCCUUGAUUGUACACAGCAAGAUUUAUUAUUUACAGUGAUAUAAUUAAUAAUGCUCGAUAACGAUCAGUAUUGGAUUUCAUAUUUUGUUGUGUUCAAUGUUAUAUUAAGUUUAUUUAUUAAAAUUAUUAAUAGCUUUUGUUUCA